AAUACGAUAGGUAUAUAUCUUAAAUCAGCCCCAUCAUUUCUAUUUCCCUGGUAAUACACCUUUUUAAUUACCAAAGUUUAAAGUAGCACCGUCAAAAUCGUAUUCUACUAACAAUAUAUUCAUGGCAAACUCAAACGCUGAAGCUGGAAUAGAAAUUCAUGAUGUAGACCCAACUAGUGAUGAGAAUAUGCGUGUUGUUGCACGAAAACCAAAUAUAACACGAAGUACAUCGCUAACAGAAAGAAUAAGAGCUGGGUUAAGAAGUAUUACCAACCGCAAGUAUCGUACAGUAGCUGUUACCGAGAAAGAAAUAACUAUAGCAAGUAUUUCACCUCCUCUGACUCUGAGCACGAACAACAAUACCCAACUUGUUGGACCUAUCAAUUCUAAAUACACAUUAUUAGGCUGUUUUUUCGAUAUAAAUGGUUAUGGAGACUUUCUGAUGAUGGACGAGUUCAAAGUAACGCAACUUACAAAACUGACUAUGAUGGUGUUUUUGUACGAAAAUAUUAUGAUUUUUACUAUGAAAGAACCCAAUAAAGACUCAUAUUACUUCAAAGACAGCAUUAGAAUGGAGGAUCUUUAUUUAUGUGCAAUCAAAAAGAAAACUGUUCUGGUUGUUAAGAAUCACACCAAAAGCAGAAGAUAUCAUAAAGAAAUAUUCUUCGAGUUGCAUACGUCAUCAGAAGACAUACAAUUUAAAUGGCGCAUUGCCCUACAAAAGUACUUGUGGAAGCAGUUUGCUAAAGUGAAACAAGAGAAACAAGAAAACCUAGUUUAACAAAGACACUCUCAGUAGUGUUAAUAUAAUAUGGAGUAUCUAAAAACCAGCUGCAAAUUUACCGAGUGAACACAAAAUAUAACAUAUUUCUAUUACUACACUUCUCAUUUCUGUAAAGUAUAGGUUACACUAGUGCAAGUAUAUGAGUAUCCAUAGUUUCUCUAAUAAGUCAAGUAUUAAAAAUAUGCAUACACAUCA